CCGGGUGAAAAUUCUGUAAUUCAAAAACUAUGGCAGCAUAAUGAUACCUUUCCACUAUCUAUCCACUCCUCUAUAGUAGAAACGAGAAGGAAUGCUUUAACUUACUGCACGAUAGGAAUGCGUUUGCAUGAGUCUGGAGGAGGUUAUUGGAGACGUAAAGAAUAUGGAUUAUUCGCCAUACGAUCGGUCGAUCUCUUAUAACGACCGAUUGAAGAGAAUGAACGGCCCUUCAAACACUAUACGGCGGGGAGAGAUGGAGCAGAGGCUGGCUAAUACCUGGCAUAUGGCCAUUAAUGAGAAGAAUUUCAUAGAGACGGCACUCAGUGAAAACAUCCGAGUUGAUGGCCGCAGUACGUUUGAUUACCGCCAGUUGACUAUCAAGUUCGGAAGCCAUUUUAAUGUCAAUCUGGUCGAGUUGGAGAAUGUUGUCGUUAAAGAAGAGGAUCAUGCCGUGUUACUUGAAGGAGGCCUUCCUAAGUGUGCACCUUCAACUUUUCAGAGUGCUUCUGUGCGUACAAAUUUAAUCAGGUUUGCAAGCAUGGAUGAAUCUUUCUUGCUUGAGAAUAGAGCUCUAUUUAGAGCCAUGUCAAAAUUUGGGAUCAUUUUGCUCUACUUUUACUUAUGUGAUCGGACUAACUUGUUUUCAGAAACCAAAAAGAGUUACAGCCGAGAUUUGUUUCUCUUUCUAUAUCUUCUUCUUGUCCUAGCAUCAGCCAUGACCUCUCUAAAGAAGCACAAUGACAAGUCAGCUUUCUCGGGAAAAUCCAUUCUUUACUUGAAUCGUCAUCAAACUGAGGAGUGGAAGGGAUGGAUGCAGGUCUUAUUUCUAAUGUACCACUACUUUUCUGCCACGGGAAUGUACAAUGCGAUCCGCAUCUUUAUAGCUGCUUAUGUCUGGAUGACUGGAUUUGGGAACUUCUCUUAUUAUUUUGUCAAAAAGGAUUUCAGCCUCGCUCGAUUUGCUCAGAUGAUGUGGAGACUGAACUUAUUUGUGAUCCUGUGUUGCAUUGUCCUCAACAAUGAUUACAUGCUGUAUUAUAUUUGUCCAAUGCACACUCUAUUCACCCUUAUGGUUUAUGUGACACUCGGUAUUUUCAACAAAUACAAUGAGAUUGGGUCGGUUAUUGCUGUGAAGAUCUUCUCUUGUUUUUUGGUUGUUAUCUUGAUAUGGGAAGUUCCUGGAGUUUUUGAAGUUCUGUGGACUCCCUUCACCUUCUUUUUAGGGUACAAAGAUCCAGAUCCUUCUAAGGCAAGCAUCCCUCUUUUGCAUGAAUGGCACUUCAGAUCUGGUCUUGAUCGCUAUAUCUGGAUCAUAGGAAUGAUUUAUGCCUACUACCAUCCAAAUGUUGAAAGAUGGAUGGAAAAACUUGAUGAAACCGAAACUAAAUUGAGAUUAUCAAUUAAAUCAAGCAUAGUUGUAGUUUGCUUGUUGGUUGGUGGUUUGUGGUAUGAAUAUAUCUACAGGCUAGACAAAAUUACUUACAAUAAAUACCAUCCUUACACUUCAUGGAUCCCCAUCACCGUUUAUAUUUGUCUAAGAAAUGUUUCACAGCUGCUUAGAAGUGACUCGUUGACCCUCUUUGCGUGGCUUGGCAAGAUCACAUUGGAGACAUAUAUCGCGCAGAUCCAUAUCUGGUUGAGGUUGGGCCGACCGAAUGGGCAGCCCAAGUGGCUGCUUUCUCUUAUUCCAAAUUAUCCACUGCUCAAUUUUUUGCUAACUACCAUAAUCUAUCUAUUUGUGAGUAAUCUCACCACUUGUUAAGUUAGAUUUUAUUCU